GAUAGGAGGUGGGGUGAGGGAGUAGGAUUAAACAAGUUGAGAAAACACCCUCAGAGAAGGUUGCCUUUGACAAAGACUUGGGGGCGGCAAGGGAGGGAGCCAUGUAGAUACCUGUGGAACUCCAGAAGUAACAGCCAGUGGAAAGACUUUGAGAGACCUGAGGGAGAGAGCCACUGUGAGGGAUUGCUUCCCUCUUAAGGAUGCUGUGAAGGUUGGAUAACUGCAUGUUUAGAACUGCAGCAGAUGGGUGCAGUCUCUGCCUCCAGGGGCUCUGUGCAUUGCUGGGGAUUCAUGCAAGGUUAAGGAGAAGGCCUAAUGAGGAGGAACUGAGGAUGAAGAACAUGGAUGAUAAUACCUCUGCUGUGGAGUGUCUUGAUGCUCAAGAGUUAGUGGGUCCCCUGGUGGCCCCCACCCCACUUCGUCCAUGGCCCCAGAUGACACUUCAGGUUUCUGAAGUUCCUGGAACUGGCAACCCUUCAGGAGAAGGUGACAUCUCCAGAAGCAGUCUCCCAGUCAUUUUUACAGAGGUCCUCCAGGCACCAGCCAUCAGGAUUCCUCCCUCCACUCCUCUCUCUGGCCUGGGUGGCUCCCCUAGAGAUCAGGCCUCUGGGCCUGAUGCAAGUGAAGUGGCCACUGGGCCCUUCUUGGAGCCCAGCCAGCAACAGGUGGAGGCCUCUUGGGAAGUGUCAAGUGAGAGUGGAGGGGGUCAAAAGGACCUCAUGGUGGGAGCUGUUAUGGAUGAACCUGCUGGGGGUCUGGAGGUCCUGAGUGGGUUGGAGGAGCUGCUUGGCGAAGACACCAUUGAUCAGGAGCUGGAACAGCUCUAUCUGUCUCACCUGAGCCGCCUGCGGGCUGCUGUUGCUGCAGGUGCAGCAGGGGGUGGUGGGGAGGGCCCUACAGAUGGGGGGCUAUCCCCUAGCCAUCCCCUGGGCAUACUCACGGACCGAGACCUGAUCUUAAAGUGGCCUGGCCCUGAGCGGGCCCUGAACAGUGCCCUGGCCGAGGAGAUCACCUUGCACUACGCACGACUGGGGCGUGGUGUGGAGCUCAUCAAGGACACUGAGGACCCUGAUGAUGAGGGGGAGGGUGAUGAGGGGCUCGCCAUCACUCCCUCCAGUCCUGAAGGAGACAGCCCCAAGGAAUCGCCUCCGGAAAUCCUCUCUGGGGCCCGUGCUGUGGUAGCCACUAUGGGAGAUGUAUGGUUCCCUUGGGCAGAGGGUGCUGGAUGUGACAGCUCUGUGGUUUUGGGUACAGAAGGUCCAUUCCCUGGGGAUCCAGAGAAAGGAAUGGGCAAGGACAUCAACUCUCUAUACACAAAUAGAAUCCUAGGUGGGGUGACCAGGUCUUUGGGGGAGGCCGGAACAGAGGCCCAGAUGGAGGUCACCCCUGAGUGGGCAGGUGGCUCAGUUACAAUGUUCGGCAAGGAGCCAGAUGUUCCAGUCCUUCUGCAGGAGCAGAAUUCCACCUCUCUUUGUCCCAUGAGGGAUGAUGUCUAUCUUUCUAGUGUGGCAAGUUCUCCUGUGAUCUCCCAGGAUGAAGAAGGUGCAGACCCAAGUCUUGAGUCCCCAAAGAGGUCUCCCACCCCAGAAGCCCCUGCAGAAUGUGGGUGUGGAUUGUCUUCUCAGCUCUGGGGCCCCUUAACCCAGACUCUGGGAGUCCUGGCUGGGCUGGUGGUGGUCCCUGUGGCUCUGAACAGUGGUAUGUCCCUCCUGGUGCUUGUGCUGUGCCUCUCUCUGGCCUGGUUCUCGUAGGGGCUGCUUGUGGGAUCAGCAAUAACAGGCUCUCCCUCCCCCUACUCUUUGGGGUCUGGGGAGGGUCAGUCCCUCCACCCCCCCCAGAGGGUUGAGAUGACACAUAUGGCCUGUACAGUGAAGGACCUUGGUCCUCUGCUUCUAAGAAUGGUUGACUGGAGAGAGGCCUUCCCUUUCCUGUCUUGGAGCUCUCCAGGGAUGGUGGAAGGAGUGAGAACUUUUAGAAUGGAACCAGGCAUGUCCUCCCCACCCCCCCAUUCCCCUGAGCCUGUAUUUAUUUUUGUAUAAUUCUCUGGAUGAGGGAGAGUGGUCAUGAGCUGGUCUUGGGGCACAAUUACCCAGAGAUAUAUUUAUUAACAGCCAACCUGUGCAACCUGCUGGAGCUUUAUUUUUAAUUUAAUUUAUAUAGAGUACCUAUUAUUAUAUGCCACAAUAGAGCUCUAUGAGAAAUGACUUGUCUUGCUGUGCAGUAGUCUCCUGUUUGGGCCUGAGUGUAUAGGGUGGUCAUGUUCCACGGGGAAGAAGAUUGUGGGGAGUGGGGGGGGAGUAGACAUGGCCCUGCCUGUUGCUGCCUCUUAAAUGUGUCUUUGAGGAUCUGUUGUCUCCUCUCCUCAUGGUCCUAAUACAUGUGGUCUUGUAGUCUUUUUACAUUCUGCCUAUGGGAGCCUGCCUCUGUGUAUAUAGGUGGUGGUGGGAGCUAUGGAGGAAGAAUGGGGGCCACAUGAAGGUUUGGUGUCAGUAUGUGGCUUGAGUGGAGGUUGUUAUCAGUUGUGAAUGUGAAGACAUCGGUUACAAAUCAGCUAUAAGGUUUUGAGGUUUCAGAAAAGAAAAACCAACCCCAAACAGCCUUUGACACCAGCAGAGAGACCCUUCAAACCCCCAAGAUAGAGAAGGCCUCAGAAAAUACAGAGAAAUUAAUGUGCUGUGAAAAAUUUGUAUCACGAGUUGCUGACAGAUAUUGCAUUUCUACUCAAAACAGGAAACUCAGAUGUUUGAAAGAAAGGAUAGAUAUAUUUAUUGCAUGCAAAUAAAAAAUACUUUGCAUAGCAAA